AUGCUCUCACCGCCAUCGACAGGCAAGAAGCGAAAGAGGAUUGACGAGGUUGAACUACUCAAGAGAAAGGUCAUUGACCUUGAAGCUGCACUCGCUCGUUGCCGCGCGCCUCUGGCCGACGCACCCAAAUUGGGCCAGCAGAUCUUGUUCCUGUUUGUGGGACCAGAACCGCACUUUAUAACUCUACAUACGGACACACUGGCGCUUCCCACAGCUCACUGGCUGUACAAUGUUCCGGCGAGGCUCAACGGUCUUAUCCACCUUGUAGACCAAGACCCAGAGCUCGUCGCCAUCUGGCGCCUUUACUUGUACACAGGCAAAAUCUGGUCGCAGUGGGAUGGCGACAUCGACGAUAUUGACGACGGGGAGCAGACGGUUCACGAAGACAGGGAAUGGCAUCGCCUGAUGUUGCUAUACGUCUUAGCAAAGUCUCUGAGCGACGAGGCCUUUGGCAACAAGGUCUUGGACAGCAUCUUCGAAAAAGUCGAGCUAUCGGACCGCUUUCCUACUGACUUGGCGGCUGAGGUCUGGGAGCACACCACUUGGGGUAACAACCUGAGAAAAGUGAUCGUCGACCUUCAUGUGUGGAAGGGGCAGGGCUCCGGACUUCGCGAACCGCAUGCUGAUCGCAAUGGCCCUGCCGACUUCCUCAACCGCGUCCGCACUGGUCUGACAACUGCGGGAGGCAAAGUCAAAGACGCUGCGGUGACUUCGCCAUGGGCCACUGCAUCUAACCGAUGUGCAAAAUAUCAUCGCCAUCACUACACCGAUUAUUGCGGCAUAGAAGUUAUGGAUCUCACAGAAGCCGGAAACAUGUAUGAGCCGUCGGCCGGCCCAAAUACGCCAACUCGCAUCCCAGCGCGCGCCUAUCCGACUCCUUGA